AUGUCAAUCAUACCGUACAAGUCUGGUGAUGACAAGUCUGGUGAUGAUAUCUUAUAUCACAAUCCGAGCGAUGGUGUAUUAAUCCUCCACGAUGCACAAGAAAACUCGAUUCAGCUCGUAUCCACAUCGACUACUAAGAUCCAGCAUGAUCACUCUGUUGUUGACUCUACCACGAGCUCGUCAAAGCUUGAUACCAGCAGAUUUGCAUCUUACACAAUAGCCGGUACUGGAAAGAAGUGUCCAAAUUGCGGGUUUGCGUGGGAAGAUUACGAGAGGGAAAAGACUCGGACUAAACACGAUGCUGCAGGCGGCAUCCCCAUUUAUUUUAAACGGUCCCUUCCAGCGCAAUUAUCAAAGAUGAAUGAGGAAUUCCCAAAAGCUUUUAUGCAUCGCGAUUACUUCAAGCUAUUGGCACAAAUUCCACAUAAUGGACAAGAAAAGAGACAUCUAAAGGAUAGCAAUAUUCCCGAAGGACUUUUCAAUCAAGGUUAUUUCAAGAGAUUUUUUAGAAAAAUCGAUCCAUUUACAUUGGGAUCUGGUGCUCACGCUCAAGUUUAUAAGGUUGAGCAUGUUUUGGAUAACAUUGUUUUGGGGACAUAUGCAGUUAAGCGUAUUAGUAUUGGGGAUAGAUAUGAGUUGUUGGAGCAAGUAGUCAACGAGGUGCUUAUUUUGAACGAGUUGUCAGCUAAAUGUGCCAAUGAAAACAAUUUGAUCCGCUAUAACCAUGUUUGGUUAGAGUUGGGAGACUUGGAGGAUCUGACAGCUUAUUUUCUACCUUCUGCGGGCUCUCAAGAGGAAAUAGAAAAGAGGCGCGUGCCAUACAUGUUUAUUUUACAACAGUAUUGCGAUGGAGGGCACCUUGAAGACUUGAUUAUCAAAAACUAUACUCAAGAGGAAGGAUUGAGCUAUAGUGAAAGAGUAAUUUUGGAAAAGAAGAGAAGAAAAUCUAAAAGGAAUGGUGAAAUUGUCGAAAAAGAGAAGCGUAAGUGGUUAAGCAAUUUGGAGAUUUGGAAGUUUAUUCAUGAUGUGGCAACAGGUGUAAACUAUUUGCAUAUGCAUGGCAUAUUACAUCGUGAUCUCAAGCCCUCAAACUGUUUAAUGGAUACAAAGUAUGUUGCGGAUACCCAAUCACCAAUUGAGUUCAAAAACGUAGAAGAAUUUGAACAAAAACUAUUUGACUUACCGAAAGUAUUGGUGUCAGAUUUUGGAGAGGGAAAGUUCACUGAUAGGCAUAAGAACGCUGGUUUGGAGAACAAUACAGCUCGUCGAGGAAACACCGGAACACUAGAGUUUACUGCUCCGGAGUUGUGGUUGUACUCGAGCGACACAUUGUCAAAUGGAGAAGCCAGAAACUUUAUUAAUGAUUUUACUUAUGACAGCGACAUUUAUUCGUUGGGACUCAUAUUGUGCUAUUUAUGCGUGGGCACUUUGCCCUUUUCGAAUUUAGUGAGAGGCGAAUGUGAUCCACAAGUUGCUCGAGACAAAAUAUCAAAUUGGUAUGAAAAUCUUACUCUUGAAUCCUUCAGCGAUUGGUUUGAGGAGAAAGUUAGUUCACUUCAGGGAUAUGUUGAUGAUUGCAUAAAGGAUUUCAUUCUUUUGUCGUAUAAAAUGAUUAAAGGAAUGAGCAGUUCAACUGAAGAAGAGACUUUUGGACCAAGGUGUAGUUCUAAAGAAGUCUUGCUUAUACUUAAUGACAUAAAGUGGAAACGAUUUAUUAUGACAGAGCCUAUGAGGGAGCACAUGAAAGAGAAAACGCAGGUAGAGGACCUCAUGUUGUACCAGCCGGGUAUGAAUGGCCCUUCCUAUUUUGAAGAGCAAGUGAAAGAUUUGAGUGCCGAGUCUAGGUCAAGUAAGAAAGAUGCGGCGGAAGAAGAAGAGGAGGAGGAGGACUUGGAUUUUGAAAAACAGUAUGAUAGUGAUCAUCUUGAUUUAAUCAAAGAGGAAAAGAAGAAUAUUUGCGAAUCCAAAAAUCCCAAUCUUUUUAAUGAACCACUGUGUCAUCUUCAUUGGUCCAAAAUUCAAACGUUACCACUUUAUAGCCUUGAAUUGUUGGUUUUGGAGUACUUAUCAAUUUACAUGCCGCAUUUCUCGCAAAAUGUCUUGAAAAUAAUCAUAUAUGUGACUAUAGGACUCGACAUGGUAUUAUCGAAGUAUAUCAUUUUGCGGUAUACCUUAUUUGUGACCAUUUCGGUAACAUUGUUAAUUGUAUCAGGAUAUACUAUCGGAGGCCUAGACAGUAUAGAAGAAAAGUUUAGACAAUGGUAA